AUGGCCUCAGCUCUGAUAGUCUACCUCCGAAAACUCCUCCGAUUUACAAACUACCUCCUCUUAUUCUACGGCUUAGCCAUCGUGAUCAUUGCGUGCGAGUUUUACUUCGAAUGGAUUUCCGAGGAGGAGGAAACGAAUUCGUCCUCGAAUUUGGUCGAAGAGACAAAGGAAGAAAAAAAUCAAACGUUUUCAGACGUCGCUUCGAAACAACCGGUGUUUCUGUACGCAUUCCUCGCGAUUGGUGUGUACGUGACUUUAGUCUCUUGGACAGGUUUAUGGGGCGUCGAAUCCCCAAGAAACAGAUGUUGUUUACCGUUUUACGCGCACAACUUACUCUUCAUGUGGGUGUGUUCGAUAUGCGCGUGCGCUAUAGCGUUUUCGGAAACCGCGAGGGACUUUGUCGGGAAGGAACACGAACAAAGUUCGAUCAAAGAUAUCACCGGGACGACGAAGAAAAUGUACGACACCGUGAGCGAGAACUUGUUCGUGGUACAGAUUAUGAGCUUGGUUUUGGUGUUUGUGCAAACGGCGAGUUUAGUGUUGACGGCGGCGUUGAGAAGGGCGGCGAGCGAGUACUCGUCGAGCGCGUUCGAGGAAAGCGACGACGAAGACGAAGGCGAGGCGGAGAGUUUGUUUUUUGGAAAGAAUAAUAGGAAUAGCGCGAAUUUUAGAGACGUAGAAAGUGCGAACGGGAAUACUGGUGACGAGGAUGACGAGGAUGAGAGUUGGUCGGAACGGAUGAAGUUGAAGUACGGCGUGGACGUGUCCAAAUACGCGCACUCGCCGGCGAGACCGCCGCCGAGUCAUAACAAAAAGAAAAAGUACCCGGGACAAAGUAACCCAGAAUUGGCCGAAAAAGCGAACUUUUGCGGCGUGAUGUAG